UUUCAAAAUAGGUGAUACCGGAUGUAUUGGCGAUCACUAGGUUAUGUGAUCUUACUAGCAGGUACAGUUCAGGGUCUUCUGUUUUGCUACAGCUGCACCAGUGGACAGUCAGGAUGUGGUUCUCCGAUCGACGUUAGAUUGAUGCAUUGGAAACUAUGUACAGGAAGGCGAGUAAUCGAGGAUUUUUGCGUUAAACUGGUUGAAAAAGUUGCUGAUCAAGAAAUUGUGACCCGAGGAUGCCUAAGCGAUCUGUUACUCUACACCCAGCACCGAGAAAUGAUGCCCCAGGUCCGUCGCCAAGGUUACUGUGGAAACGCAAAGGAUUAUCAAAGCUAUCUGAUGUCACAGCUUAAAGGGAUGACGCUAGCCGAAGUGGUAAUGGGCUUAUUUUCGGACCAGCAUGAGGAUUACAAACGCUACUGUUUUUGCAACGACUGGAAUGGAUGUAAUCACUCCCCACCGAGAUAUAGAAAUUCCCAACUGUCCUACCAAACAAUGUUUGCUUUCCUGAUCUACAAAUUUACUUCUUUCAUCUUUUGACAGAAAAAUUAAAAAUGUGAACUAUAUUGCGGCUCAUGAAACUUUUGCACACAAGAACUUUUGCGGGUUUCUUUGUGCAAUUCUAUUUUUUUAAAGCAGG